AUCUUGUCUAUGUUUGACCUGCCCGGCCAAAACUGAUCAUCCAUCCAUUCGACAAUACCAGCAAACUUUCGUUUCACUGUCACCACCUUCGGAUUCGUUGUUUUAUGAACACCCACAGCCCUAGUGGAAGAUUGGGUAUUUAGUUUGUCUCCAUUCAUGUACCGGCGCAGUAAUCCCUGAAGGGUCUCAGCUGAAGACACGGAACAAGAUAUGUGAAUGUAGAAAUCCCGACAAGAAGUUGAAGGGAAGUCACUGAUUCAACAUGCCGCCUAAGACCAAAAAGAAGGGGGGGGAUCCGAGUCCAAAUUUGCCUAGUCUGUUCCCUACUCAUGAUGGAUCUUAUGGCAUCAACACGCUUAUAAGCCCCGAUACCAACACAAAGAAGGGCCAGAAAACGACCACGAGCAUUGCCAAAGAGCAAUCAGACGACAAUAAAUGGAGGAAAACUAUGAAAAGCAAAACCGGAAAGACGUACGGGAUGAACAGCAAUUUAAAGAAGGCCAUCGAUGAAAGCCAAAAGCAAGUAGAGGAGGAGCAUGGAGAUUUCGUCCAGGAGGGUUCACACAUAUCGCCCGACGAGAAUCCUUCGAAUUCAACCCAUAGCGCUGGUCCCUCUAGUCGCUCUAGAUCCUCUCGCCCCUCUAGCCCUUCUCUAUCUGUACCUGACGAGUCCCCAGAGACUUCAGAUGAUGCCGAACCCAUCCCUAAAUUGAAGCCUCAUAUACCUAGAUUCAUUCAGGCGCAGUUACCUUUUGCAGAAGAGCAAGAUGAUGGGUCUCGAGCCCCAUACAAGCCAGCAGGUCCUCCCUCGGAUGACCCAUACGCCCGUUUUAGUGCCCGUCAGACUCUUUCACCGCCCACGGAGUAUGGUCCGUUCUAUGGAAUGCCACAGGGGAAAGGCACGAAGGAACCGAUAUCGCCUAUACGACCUGAUACUUCAAGAAGCUUCAAUUAUGAAAGUGGGCUAUUUUCUAGUGCGACAAUGCAGAAUCCUACUAUGCCUCAGAAUUCCGGUCAACUUGGGGGUCUUUACGACGGACCAUCUGUUACACCGCCGAGUCCGUGGCAAUCUACGGGUUUUCCCGGCGCUGGCGAAGCAUCUACUAUGCCGCAGAAUCCCGCUCAAACUACGGGUAUUUCUGGUCCGCAAUCUACUAUGUCGCAGAUUCCCGGCCAAUCCACAGGUCUUUUCGGUGCAACACCUAGCAUAGCGUCACUUAGUUCACCCGAAUCAAGUCAGCCACCGGAACCUUUCAUUGGCUCUGGACCGGUUAAUCCGGGCAUAUCAGGAUUCAUGCAGAUAACUCCCCCUGAGUCAAACCCGGCUUCUUCAGAGUUGCUGGGAACAAAAUCGCAGCUGGGAUUAGAGAUGCCCUCUAAUCUGCAGGCACCCCUAACCCCAUUCAGCAAGCCUCCUCCCUUCCCAACCCAACAAGCGACAAAUUGGGACCCUCCAGUGCCACAGGGCAUGAUGUCUGGCUCAUCAUCUUUAGACGAAGAGGAGAUGCCUAGUUUAUCCAAGGUAGUCCCGACUACAACCGCCACGAGAAAGAAAACGCCAAAGCAGCCAUCGGGUUGGCCACAAACUGGGAAUAAAACAACACUCAAGUCAAGUUCGACCAAAAGCGGAAAUAGAAACAGUGUAAAUCAAUCACAGGAAUGGAUAUGGCCCUCAUUUGGCUUUUUUAUCACCCCCAUUAUCUUGUUCGUUAGUUUAGUCUUGGUAUUAUGGCUGGUACUUUCCUCAUUACCGGACGUAGAUGAUCCAAGCGUUAGUCGUCCCUCUUUUGACUUUGCUUUCGGUACGGUGUGGCAAAAAAUAUCGAACCUUUUACCGGAGAUCCCGGUGAUAGAUACCGAUGCCUAUAAUAAAUCCACCUCUCACAGCAGCCCAAAACCUUCAGGAAGCGCUGCGAUCAAUCCUCAAGAUCUUGUGGCAGGGCUGAAAGAUCGGAUGCCCGAAUCGAUUUGGGUACGAGGAGACAAAAACGGCAAAAUAAAGAUUUCAGAAGAUUUCUGGCAUGCCCUGAAAGAGCUGAUUAAACAAGAUGAUAUCAUUCUCAGUCUGAAAAAUUCGGAUAUAUCUGAAGACCACUGGAGGGCGAUCCAGGCUCGAGCUCAACAGGCCGGCAUUGAAGUAGGGCAAUCGGUUAGUGACAUUGAAGGUCUUGUCGAAAAGCAGAUGUCUCAAGCUUGGGACAAAUGGCUUAAGCAGAACGAUCAGGCUCUCAAAACAGCCGAAACAGGAGUAGCUCUUACGAAGGAUGAUUUCUUGAGAUUAUUCCAGCAAGAGAUUGUAUCUUACCAACGCGAGAUUCGCCAAGAGCUCGCAGAAUUACAGAACCGGAUUGCCAGUAUUACUGAGCAGUUGUCUAAACUACCAGCUGAGAUUACCUUAGCCGGAGGUACAGCCCGCACUGAAAUAACAAAGAUUGUGGAGAGUUUGAUUGCAAAGGCGAUAAAUAAUGCAAAACUUGACACAGUCGCAAAAGGCUUCAUCAAGGGUCAUGCAAAUGAUGUGCUUGCUAACCAGGUCAACUUUUUCGGAAUUGGUGCUGGUGUCGCGAUCGAUCCUGACUCGAGCUCUUCCGCUUGGAAAGUUCCGGAGAGCCAUUAUUUGUCAAAGGCAUGGCUAGACAGGGGCGGUUACAAGCCACAGCCGCCUUUUGCUGCGCUCUCGCCCUGGACCGAAGAAGGCGAAUGUUUCUGUGCUGGGCCUGACCGUAAGGGAUUCGGCGUUGGGACGAAUAAUUUGUCCAUGAUCACGAGUCGUGAUAUUAUCCCGCAACAUCUGAUUGUCGAACACAUACUACCUGGGGCUACGCUCGAUCCUGGCGCGAUGCCUAAGGAAGUAGAGAUCUGGGUCUACAUUGAAGAGGUCACUCUCCGCGUUGUGGUACAACAGUUCUCCGAGAGGCAGUUUCCGAACACACCUAAAGAGGAGGUUCUCAGCGAAGGUUUUGUCAAAAUUGGCCACUUCACCUACGAAAACAAUACCUUUGGCGACGGAGUCCAGGUCUUUAAGAUAAGUGAUGAGAUUUCUAAUUUGGGGGCCCUGACAAACCGCAUCGUUGUUAGAGCCAUCAACAAUUAUGGCGCAGAUCACACGUGUUUCUACCGACUGGGUUUAUACGGCGAAAUUAUAGAGCGGCCUGAAGAUCCUCGGGAUGACUCUGAGAAGCGCGCGGGCUGGUUCUCAAGGCGGAGAGAUGCAUGAUUCACCCAUCAUAGACAUCUCGCAACCAAAAUGAUGUAUAGAGUAAUGCCAUUUGUAUUUGUUUCCCAGAUAAGCGGGUUUGGGGAGUUCCUGGUUCAAGGGCGAGCUAAGGCCGUGGAGGAAAGCUACAAGACUGGAGGCAGACAAAGGGUUGACGGACAGGGGAAUGGUGUCUACGGGUGAUGAUACCAAAGGAUGGCUACUAC